AUGAGUAAUGAAGAUGACAAUCAUUCAAAACCCUUGACAGAAUGCGAAGGGGGGAAGAAAAAAAAAAAAAAUAAAAUUAAAAAAAAAAAUGAAAAAAUACAAAAAGAAAUAUCAGAAGCAAAGUCAAACAUCGAUGAUAUUUUCAAUAACAUCAAAGUUAAAGAUAAAAAUGUAAAAAUUAAUGAAACUGGAAAAAUUAAAAAAAAUAAUUCAGAAAAAAAAGGGACAUCUUCUAAAAUUAAAAAGAAAAAAGAAACAUAUGAAUCAAAAAAAAAUUCAAAUCGAUUGCACACACCAGAUGGUCUUCCUAUAUAUUCAAUGGAGGAGCUUAAUAUGGGACGUGGAGGGUACACAAAAGACUGCCCUUUUGAAUGUAGCUGUUGUUUUUAA